CAGCACAGGUAGCUUCGACUAAGAUCAUGGACAGGCUUCUAAAGGCUACAGCGGUGGUGGUGUUGACGGCGCCUUUGGUCCUGUCCCUUCCCACGGCACCCGAGGCUCCAGCGGUAAGCGAAGGUUACGAGGAACUUUCAACUUACUUCGGAGACGAUUUGGCCGCAGCCAACGACAGCGAGGCGCAGGACGGCGCAAACCGUGUGCUGACAGGAUUUGGUCACAGCUUUGUAACGACUGCCUCGGCAUACCCGGGUUAUCCUCAAGGCGGAGGAUUUAACCAGUGGCAGUAUAAUGACGGUUACUACAACCCUGGAUACCAGUACCAAAAAAACUGCGCAAGGUACUGCCCAGGAUCCGCUCCUGGAUCCUACGUCUGCUGUGUCCGAAGCCACCCCAAUGAGCCGCAGUGCCCGCCGACGAGGCCGACCUGCACUGACCCCUUCUACUACAGCGGGCCCCCCCAGCGGUGCGAGAAUAGCUACGAGUGCAUGUCGAGUUCGCUCUGUUGCUACGAUACGUGCCUACAGCAUAAAACGUGCAAACCAGCACAAUAUGGAUGAGGAUUUUUUAUUCGUCAAAAUUGAAUACAUUUCUGUUUUCAUUUAUGCUAUCUCGUAUCCUAAGUGACUGAUGUACCAUUUCGUGAGUGUGUAUUUUCAAAUGGUGCCUCGAUAUUUUGUAGUAGUUAGCACAAUAUAUAUGCAUUCAUAUAUACAUAUGCAUGCUUAUAGAUUAACUACAUAACUCAGAACUCUAAGCAAUAAAAUAUCACUAAAAAUA